UAUGAAGGGUUGGUUUUGGUGGUGAGAGGCCCAGGGUCAUGGUGUGCUUCACGAUUUGGAAGAGAAAGCAAGUAACAACAGUACUGGGACGAGGUUCGAAUUCAGGAACCCGGCGAGUGUUGAGUGGUAAUAAUAAAUUAAAGGUAAUUUUGUGUGUACUCCAAAUAUCGCUCCUCCCAUGCUUCCGUUGCUCCGAAAUAAAUUAAUCAGACAGAAUAGCUCCUCGAUCCGGCGAUCGGUGAGCGAGACCGAGUACUUGACUCGAGCCUAGAUUGGUCCUCGACCACUCAUGAUCUCUACAGCUGAUAACCUCAAUAGGUGAUAACGUCAACAGCUGGUACCCUCAACCGCCAUACCUCGAAUAUGCGUGCUUGCAGCGAGCAGCGUUUCCACAUCAUGAGCUUCAUCCCUGGCAUACGGAUUGCCAUGCCAUUCAUGGUAUUCGUUAUCUCGUAUACUGCGAACUCGCCUGACUGCUCGUCACACUCGCAACCCUCGGUCUGGUGUUUGCUAUCCCGAACAAACUGUCUCCGCUACCGCUCAGGCUCGACUCAUAUUGUGGCGGUUGGCGAUCCUUAAUCUGCUGCUCGAGUUCUCUUAAACGUCUGUACUCCGCUCGAACUUCCUGGUCCUUAUCUCGCAAUUCACGCACGGAUUGGCGACGUUGUCUCCAC